AUGGCAGACGUGAUGCUAGCUUGGGCCUACACGGCCAACGUCGUGGUUCCGCCUCGCGUCACCAUAUCCAUCACCGCGCCCGGCACCCAGGCCGACACAGACCUGCUGACGCUCGAACUGCCGCCGGGCAGCACCGUCAAGGACCUCAAGGGCUUCAUCGAGGCCGACACCAACCUGCCCGCGGCGUCACAGAGCCUCUACCUGAACGGCCAGCCGGUAGCCAUAGACACGCAGACACUCGAGGACGCCGGGGUACGGGAUGGCGAGAUGCUGGCCGUCGUGAUGCGCCCCGCACCCCGACAGAACAGGAACCUCCAGCACCCGGGCAGGCCCGCCCAACCUGAUCCAGAGGGCGUGCGACAGCUCGUCCUCAACGACCCCCAGCAGAUGAACAAGCUGCGUCAGGGUGACCCGGAGCUCGCCGCCGCCGUCAACGACCCCACCCGCUGGAGAGAUACAUAUGCCAUGAGGCAACGACAGGCGGAGGAGUCGGAGCGCGAGCGUCAGAACCAGAUCGCCCUGCUCAACGAGGACCCCUUCAACGUCGAGGCGCAACGAAAGAUAGAAGACAUUAUUCGCCAGGACCGCGUUGUCGAGAAUCUGCAAAAGGCAUACGACGAGAACCCUGAAGGUACCAACACAUCAUUCCCAACAAGUCAAACACGUCCGACUCGCAUUGAGCCCAUGCUAAUCUUUCACACAGUCUUCACCCGCGUGCACAUGCUCUACGUCAACACCGAGGUCAAUGGCGUGCCCGUCAAGGCCUUUGUCGACUCUGGCGCCCAGGCCACAAUCAUGUCCCCCGACUGCGCCGAGCGAUGUGGUAUCAUGCGGCUGAUGGACGUCCGAUACGCCGGCAUGGCGCGUGGUGUCGGUACAGCGCGCAUUCUGGGUCGCGUACAUCACGCCGAGAUCAAGAUUGGUGGCGCAGUCAUGCCCUGCGCUUUCACUGUCAUGGAAGGCAAGGAUGUCGAUCUACUUUUCGGUCUGGACAUGCUUAAGCGUUACCGCGCCAAAAUCGAUCUUGAGAAGAAUGCCCUGUGCUUCGAAGGUCAGGAAGUACCCUUCUUGCACGAAUCGGAAAUCCCCAGGAGCUUCGAGGAGGCCGAGAUGAAUGAACCGACUGUGUCUGGUCCUAAUGGAGAGGAGAUUGGUGCAAAGACGGGUGCUGUACGACCGAAAGGUAGCGCUGCAGCUGGUUCCUCGAAUGCAGGUGCCUCAUCUUCGUCGUCUCAACCUACACAGCAGCAAGCCCCACCCACAGCGUCCAAGGCACCCGCACCGUCUGCACCUAACAGCAACUUUCCCCGGGAACAUGUUCAGCAACUUACCGGCAUGUUUGGCUGCUCAGAACAAGAAGCCAUACAAGCCUUGGAGAUGUUCGGAGGCAACGUCGAACAUGCUGCAAGUUUUCUCAUCGGUUAG